UGUGUCAAUUACGGCGUAGAGUUUUUUGUGGGAAAAGGUCGAUACUUUACGAGAUACAAACAAGGGUGAAAAAUAGUGAUAUUUUGUGUUAAACGAUUUUUAUUUACUACAGCAAUCUAUCUGACUGUUUUAAAGAGUGUCCUUUUCCUUAGACAUGGGAAUUUGGAUGUGAUUGAUGAAAUCAACUGUAUAUUGACCCAAUUCUCUAUCUGAUGUGAAGAUAAGAUUCUAAACGGUUGAAACGUAUAUAGAAAUUUGAUUAAUUUUUAAUAUAUAAUCUAGGUCAUCUAAGGGGAGAACGCGGUUCUGGCAGCUAAAUGUGUUAUUGGACUAGCGGAGGGGCACAUGCCGUAACCUAAUAAUGUGGCCCCCAGCAGUUCCGCUAGUGACCAUGGGUCUUUCCCUUUUUCUACUGACGGGGAAUGGCCUUGCAGGGUCACAACCAUGUAAAAUUGCAUUUCCAAUGAAUACUCAGUACAUCUCAGCUUAUUAUGACACUGUCAUUCAAGGGAAGGGGUGUACUAGCAGUGCUACAACUAACAGCUCAGCGGAGGUUCACGCCAUCAACCUCCUUAAUGCUGGCCCAGUGUUCAGAAAUGACAUGGCUGAAGUGCACUUGUUGAUCAAAUCUCGGAUAGAGGAGAAAGCUUAUUUGGAACCCUUCAUAUACGUAUUGAAUUCGAGGCAGCCUGUAAGAUGGAAGAUUCGAACGGAUAUUACCCUGGCAUCAAAGAAACGGCAUCUCUUUGUGAUUCCGUCAUAUUCAAGCAUUCGCCUUGUUAGUAGUGGUCAGAAAAAGCAAGUCAGGAAGAACACAAUGCCACAAGACACCGCAGCCCUGAUGUCUUGGGUCAAGACUGAGUACAAAGCCCUGACGUCGUACACAGAGCUCAGGAGAGGAAACCAGAUGACACUGAGUAUUGGACUAGAUAAAAAUGCAGCAAGUGAUUGUGUAAUACAGGAAAACUCUUCCCAGAAGUUAAAUGUGAUGGCGAAAUUUGAACAGCCCGAGCUCUCCUCUGGUUGUAUUGUGCCACAAACCGAUAUCUCCAGGGUGGCUUACAUUAUUGAGGUAGAGCAAGUAAGCCGGGUGUCGAACACAACGGCGGCCAUUGAGGCUCACCUGGACAUCAGAAGUAUGUCAAAGAAGAGGAUUCAGAAGGAUUUCUGGCUGGUCCUAAAGUCACCGGACCAUGUCAACUGGAGAGUGUCCACUCACAAACUACAGGGAUAUAUAGAUAUUGUGGCCAAUAGCUAUGUGGAUAUGCAACGAAUUAGGAUGGAUCCUGUAAAUGUAAGGAGGGAUGAGAUUUCCGCGACAAAUCAGGGGCUUAUCCGCUGGGUGGAGGAUUACCUGGGGCCAGUGGCUAUGUACACCAAGGUCAACUUGGCCAAUAAAAUUAAGCUUGUCUUACCUGAUACAGCCAGCAGUAACUCUCCUAAGCUGAAUCCUACUCAUAUUGACCCAUUUUCUGUCCAGGGAUAUACUAAGACCGUAAUACGACGGGUCUUACAGACAGAAUGUGAUGGGACAGGACGGAUUAUUGUGCAUAUGAUCAAGUCUGUUAUGAAGAUUUUCAAUCUGUCCAGAAAACAGAUCACACUUUUAGAUGAUGACUGUAUAGGUGCUGUAAAUAAGAAGGAAUUGGUGUUUACAGCAAUGCCAGAAACCUGUAAAACAUUGGUGUCUCACAAAGGAGACCAAUCUCUAUACUCUAAUGCAAUUGUAAUCCAUAAAGAGGAAGUGGAUGGUGGAAUGUACGACCAGCCGAGUGGAUUGGGGAUGAAUGAUGUGGAUGAGGGUGAUGAAGACUUUGGAAUGGAGGGGUCUGGUCAGUCCCUCAUGGACGGAACUUAUAUUGACGAUGAGGACUUGAACCAGACACCAGACAAAAUAGAGAUCCCUAUCCGCUGUACCGCACCAAGGAGAACUGAAGAUAUUGUACCUACUACAAGUCGGCCCCGAAACAUCAGUUACUGGGACCCAUCCUCAGAAAUUCACUACAAUAUUGUCCUGUAUAAAUCCUCACACUACACUGACCCAUUACAUACCUUCCCACUAGCCCUGCCAGCCAAUAGCAGGGUCUACGCCAAGGCCAGCAUUGAAGCAGAUCAAUCCCUAAGGGUUGUAGUUCAGAAUUGUUGGAUUUCUCACACUCAUGACUCCCCACCAAGUCUCUGGCUUAUCAGGGAUGGCUGUUUGAAGGACAAGAACGUGCGACGUCAGCCUGGGAUACUGCGAAGCCUGACGCAGAGUGAGAGGUUCAGUUUUAAGCUGAGUAAUGCGACUCCGUACCACUUCUUGAAGUGUCAGCUGAGCAUCUGUCAAAACUGGCAGACAAAAAACAACAAAGAUAUUCCAACGUGUAAUUCUGAGGAUAAGAUGUGUGACAGUGAAAGCCCAAUAGCCAUGAUGAAGGAGAUUACUCUUGGUCCACUGUAUGCCACCAAUUCUUUACCACCCUUCGAGGAGAAGGAGGUCGAUAGUCCUAACUCCACUAUAAUAAGAGAACCACACGUGAACAUUGUCAACCCGCCCUCAGAAAGCAAGCCCUCGGAGGAAUCUAAAGCCGGGGGUCAAACAGUUGUAGUGGAGGGUCUGGACUCGGGGACAGUGAUUGGAAUCGCUUUUGCAGCAUUCAUCAUUGGAGUCCUGUUGGUGUCUGCUCUGUGGUUUAUUCACACUCACACAGCCCCAAUAAAGCAUGCUGUGGCAUCUCGAGCAGUACUGGAUGGUAGUGGUGAAUCAACACCAAUGUCUACAGCACCACUACAAAUCAACUCCUAGUAUCACUAGGGGGACAAAGGGGAUAACUACUGCUUUAGCAAUGUAAAUUCAAGCAAAGCAAGGUAUUCCUAAAAUGAAAUUAUGGCAUGUUCCAGUGUACAUACAAAACGAUUCUCUAUUAACUUCUGAGUAUUAUUUGUGUGAUAUUAAGACAGCAAAUGUGUUAAGUAUGACAGAAAAGAAAUAGUAGAUGUUACCAUGGAGUCAGUGUUGUCAUGGAUUCAAGAAAAAAGAACCAUGUUCAAAAUGGCGGUACAUUACCAUACAAUGGUCAGCACCACAGCUUAAACCAAAGAAAAGGAUAUAUUGUGGAUUAUAGCCCCUCAUAUGGGGUCUCUCAGGAUAUUAGCAGCACCUGUUAGCUGUGUUGGCUAAUGGCAGCCAAAAUUAUUUUGGAAGUUAAUAUUUUGAAAACUAAUAGACACAUUGUAUGAUAGUAAAUGUAUUUAAUUAUGGAGGAUUACUGCCUCGGAUUUUUAAAAUGGCCACAAUUUUGGUGAGCUUCCUAUUGUUAUAUUGAUUCCCAGCCAGAAAAGAAGGGGAGAAGCUUCAAGUUUCUUGGAGUCAGAGUUUAAACUAAGGAAGUUUUUAACCAAGUAAAGCACUCAGCUAGAGCAAGUUAACAUUAGGAAUAAAAUUGUCUUUGUUUUGUAAAACGGGUAAAAUCAGUGAUUAUUGAAACAUGGCCAGACAUGUUUGUUGAGCAGCCAUUUUGAUUCACAGUAGAUGAUACAUCAUUUAUGUAAUGUCUAACACAUGAUUCAUUUGCUGAAUAUUUCUAUUACCUACCUGUAUUUCUAAUUUGUGCCACAUAUUGUUAUCUUCUUUUUUUUUGCAAAUUAUUUAUUUAUUCUUUCAAAAUAAUCAGGAUAAAAUGCAACAGGUACAUGUUUAUCUUAGUAUUUGUAUUCAUACAGGCAUUCUGUACUUAAGAAGACCCAUCUGUUUGGUGAACUUACAAUUGAUGAGAACAGGAAGCUUUUUAGUCUCUAUACCUCAACUACCUUUAAAAUCCUUCAGGUUUCAAUCUUAAGCUCAUUAUUUAUGCAAUAUAAAAGGUCAGGGACACUGGAAGGUCAGGGACACUUUUGUGCCUUUGCAAAAUAAAUGGGGGAAAGGGAUCCUUGUUUUAAAUUACUUCUUGAAAAAGACAGAGUCAUGUUACAUUUGAUUCUGGGAAAAAAAGGAAUUAAAAGUAAUGGAUAACAUAAAAUGUAUUUAAAACUUAAGUUUUGAAAAAAUUUGUGAAGGCAAGAAAGAAGGUUUGUGAAUAAUUUUGGUAAGGAUCGCAAGCAAAUAUCCAUAUAUGUUGCUCUGUGAACAAACACCGUGUAGCUUGAUUUGUUCAUCGGUUACCUCAGUAUAUAAUGUAAAUGCAGGGAACCUGUCAAGCUGUUAACUUGCUCUAGCUCUGUGUAGAGCAUAAAUGCAUUUAAAAAAUGAUCUGGAUGAUCUUUUGAUGUAAAUAGAUAUUGGUGUUUCAUGGUAAUAUACUACAUAUAUACCUAUAUGUUUUUAUAUCUCGACUAUUAUCACCAUGAAUACCAGUGAAUAUGAUACAAACUAUAAACCAUUGAGUUAUAAUCUGUAACCAUUGAAACUCAUAUUUAUUUAGAAUGUUAAAUAGAGUGGAGAAUUUGUCUGUGAUGAUUUUAAUGUAAAAACAUAUUUUUAACCUAGAAUGGAUCUGAGUCAAAGUGCUACUUGUCUUUGUUGGCAGGUAUUUGGUGUAUAUUCUCUUAAAAGGAAAUUCAGAAUAGUGCUAAAUUGUCAUCUUUUUUUUUUUUUUUUAGAAUACAGUGACGUUUUAAUGGAGAAUUUAUUCUCUAUGUCGUGUUAGUAUAAUAGAUUCUUUGUUCAGAGGGAUAAUUGAAAUGUUUGUAUUUUUCAUAAUCAAAUUGAGCAAAAUUUCGGGGGUUAUAAUACAUGACCAUGCAUGAAAGAUCUGUUGUUUUUUGGGUAGAAAGGAUGCUCUCCUCUCUAAAUUUUUUUUUGUUGAUAUUUUUUUUUUAGUUGAGACUUUGUAAAUAUGAACUGCCUGUAGAAUUUCACUAUGUAUCUUUAGACCUGUAGCAUGCCAAGCCGUUAUUGAAGGGGGCUGCUUUAUGUCGUCGGGCAGAGAAGGUGACCCGCGGUUGUUAUUGAUGUCAGUGUUGUUAUUUUGUUGUUUAUGAAAAGUUGUUUGUUGGGUAUUAUUAUUCUAAGUGCUGUGUGUGACAUUUUUACCAAUGCAUUAUGAUUUGUUUUUGUUUAAGUUUUUCAGUGAAGAUUAAAAUUAUUGACAAAAUUAUAACCUUACUCUCGUGAGUUCAUGUACAUUGUAUAUGGAUAGUUAUAGUUGGAAAAUAUUGUCAGAAAUUUCAAAUUUACAUAUAUAUGCCUAAGUUGUUUGAUAUGAUGGUAAAAUAAGACUGUUGCUAACUGACAAGACCAGACAUAUAAUUUCUUUCCAUUUAGAAAUAUAUGGUAAUUAUGUUUCAUUUAUACAUUUACAUUUUUAUUUAUAACAAAAAAAUUCUCAUUUAAAAAACCCCAGAUCUGUUAUACAUUUUCAAAAUUUUAAGUUUUAAAAAAAUGUAACUAAAGGUCAGGAUACAUUUAUUCUAGGCAGUUGUAAGCAGCAAUAUUCUUCACAUCACCAAAUUUUGUGGUAAAACUUAAUAUUGAAUUAGCAUUUCAUUCAUAAGAAAGACUGAAGUUAAAACACAUAUAUAUAUAUAUAUUGUUAAAAGGCAGCAUAAAUUUUGUAUGUUACAAUGGUCACUUAUAGGGAACCUUUCAUGUAGCUUAAUCUUCAAUUGGAUCACUACAGAUAUCUCAUACAUUUGUUUUGUCUGUCUGUUCGUUUGUUUCUGUAUUUGCACCGCAUUAUAUUCUGUGUGGUUUUAUUUUUUCGUCAAUAUGUCUACCUCAGUUAUGGGUGCUGUUUUUAAAGCACUCAUUUUAAUAUAACCAUUUUAUAAAUAGUUCACAAAAUAUGCAUUGCACUAGUAUUUCUCAUUUUUGAAUUUCUUGCAAAGAGUUGGCAGUGAAUUAGAAUUUCUUGCAUUAAAAUUUUGAUAGAGUUACUGGCUGAAUUAUUUAAGUUGCUAAGAUUAAUUCCAAAAAAGGUUGUGUGCUAAGUUAUAAUUUAGAAAUUGCACUUUUAAGCAAAAGUUCAACUGAAAAGAUUUAGAUACAUUAUUGAGCAAUCUUUAACGUAGCAUUUAGGUAUGAUUUUUGUCUGUUAGAAGUUUCACUUUACAUUCUCAUUGUCUGUCAUUGAAAAUGAGCCUUUGUUGACCAACAUUUUCUCCUGUUUUUAUUCAACAAAUCAUCUUCGUACCUAAUAGUUGUCAAAAUGUUGAACUCAUAUCACAUUGACCUGACCUCAGUCAUGUUUAAUUAUCACUACAACGUUUUAUGCAGCCAUUUACAUUGUUUGUUACCUCAUGAUCGUUUCAUUAUGAUCAUCGCCAUAUCAAAGUCUUAUUUUGGGGUUUAACAGAUUCAGAAACAUGACAAGAAGAUGGAAUCUUGAUUGGUAAUCAAAUGCAAAAAUGUACACAUAUUCAAUUUUUUUUUUUUUAAGAAAUUUUUUGAAUACAUUUCAAUUAUUUAUAAUGAGCUUGAGCUCUACCUCAGUUUUUUUUUUCUUUUAAAAUUAUGUCAUUUUAUCAUUUUACAUCUUUGUUUUGAAAUGUAAAAAUUUGCAUGUAAAUAAGUGCUGUAUUUAUAUAUCAUAAACCUGUAUAUUGGCCAUUGAUAGGUAGUUUUCUCUGUAUGUACAUAUAUAAGUAUCUGGUUUAAAUAUGGCAGGGAAAAAAUUAUCGCAUUGUUAAUAAACAUAGCUUUUAAAAUAUUGGCAAUUAAAUAAAAAAUUCAAAUUAUUUACAAAAGUUACAAACUACAUAUACAUUUCAUAUUUAUAGUUCCUAAAAAUAAAUGGCAAAUACAAAAAAAAAAUGUCCAGAAUUUUUGUCCCUUGAAGUGAAUUUGUUUGAAAAAUAUAAAAAUCAAUGUAUAAAAUAUGUGUAGCAAAUUUGUUGUGUGUGUUUUUUUCAUUGUAAUGAUAAUUGUCUGUAUGCUCAUCAGAACUCUGUUAAAUUAUUUAUGCAGCUUUUUGUCGUGUCUUUGGACAGACUUUAUAAUCCCGGUGCCAUAGUUCAUCUUUGAAUCUUGCUGUUGAAAAUCCUUGAUAAAAUUUGUGAAUAAAACAGGAUUUUUAAAAAUUACAACUGUUUUAUGUAUUGAAGGUAAUUUGUGUGAUUGUAUACGAUGGUCUGUAAUAUUAUAACCACGAGAUGCAGGCGAGUGUGUUUGCUGUAGUGACAAACAAGUUUAAUGGUCAGGAUUUACAAUUGUAAGACCUAUUUAUCUACCUCAAAUGAACCUGUUGUACAUUUUUUUUUUAAAGAAAACAGAUUUUUUUUUCAAUGUAAUCUUUGCUAUUUCAUUGUCAUCUAUGAUAAAUUUUCAUGUAUCUGAUGAAAUAAAAUGUAUAAAGUAGA